AUGUCUUCAUGGGCAGACCUACUUCGAGGCUCCAGUAGCAAUCCAAGUAGUCAUUCUGCAAGCUCAUCCAGCAGCAACAAGUUUACUUCCAUUUCAGCUGCUUGUACAACCAUUGGGUCACCUCAACAACCGAAAUUGACUUCCGUGAAGCAAACUUCCAAAACAUUUGUUUCCAUUCCUGCUGCUAGCACAAGCAACCAGAAUAUUCAUCCGAAUCCGAACCAAAAUAACAUGGCCUCUUCUUCUUUGGUAAUGACAUCAUCAUCACUGCCCGCAACAACAACAAGUGUCGUCUCACUUUCCACACUCAAGCAACAAUGGAAAAUGGAACAAUUGAAUUUAAAAAAACAAUUGAAAUUGUACAAUGAAACGAGUUUUGAUCCAACUCGUCUCUCGACCACAUUGAAAUAUAUUGGAGGAGUGGAUAUUAGUUUUAAUUCGGUGGAUCCUAAUCAAGCAGUGGCAUCGUUGGUGGUUUUAUCAUUUCCAGAUUUGAAAGUGAUUUAUGAAAAUUAUCAUCAUGUGACCAUGACUGUGCCGUAUAUUGCUGGCUUUUUGGGAUUUCGAGAAGUUCCACACUAUGUGAAAUUACUCGAUGAAUUGAAACGAACACAGCCACAGAUUUUCCCUCAAGUCAUUCUCGUGGAUGGAAAUGGAAUUUUACAUCAACGUGGAUUUGGCAGUGCAUGUCAUUUGGGAGUCAUUGCCAAUGUUCCAACUAUUGGUGUUGCAAAAAAGAUGCUCUAUGUAGAUGGUAUUACAGAGGAACAAGUUCAAGAAUUGGAUGAAAAUGAAUUGGAACGAAAAGGAGAUUAUGCGUAUCUGACUGGAAAAUUUGGAAAUGAUUUGGGAGUAAUGUUAUUGACUUCAGAUGUGUAUCAUGAACCUGUGUAUGUGAGUAUUGGUCAUUGUGUCUCGUUGACAACGGCUAUUGAGAUUGUGACCAUGUGUUGCAUUGAUAAAAUUCCAGAACCUAUCAAACAAGCAGAUUUGAGAAGUAGAAAGAUUGCCAAGAAUUAUGACAUGAACAAGACAAAAUUCAACAAUCGAUCUAACACAAAUACAAAGGGACAAGAUAGACUUCAUGAUAAUGGUUCACAGUAUGGACGUCAACAGCAGCCCACUAAGAAAAAAAAGCACUAA